GAGUGUUAGCAUAGUCCCGGGUAGUUUGUCUGUCUUCCUAUUUUUCCCAGACAAUUCGCUCCUUCUGCAUUCCGCUGUGCUUCACGACUAUGCCUCCGGUUCGAACAUCCCGUAAUCGCAAGCCACCUCCAGCAGGUUUCGAUGAUGUUGAAGAUACCUUGCUCGAAUUCAGCAACAAGAUGAAAGACGCGGAAAAUGCGUCGCACGAUGGAAAAAAGAAGCAUGAGAUGCUGUGGCCCAUUUUUCAGAUAAGCCAUCAAAGGUCUCGCUACAUUUACGACCUGUACUACGAGAAAGAAGCCAUUUCGAAACAGCUGUACGAUUGGCUCCUGAAGAACAACUAUGCCGAUGCGAAUCUGAUUGCCAAGUGGAAAAAGCAGGGUUACGAGAAGCUAUGUUGCCUCCGCUGCAUACAGACAAAAGAAACGAACUUCAAUGCCACCUGCAUCUGCAGGGUACCAAAAGCGCAACUGAAAGAGGAGCAAACGAUUCAAUGUGUCGGGUGCGGCUGUCGAGGCUGUGCCAGCAGCGACUAGACUCAUGCCUUCAGAGAUGCAAAUGUCAGCCAGCAACUCUCGAGUGUGCAGUCUGUCGCUUCGCUUGCUCGAAGAGAUAGAAUGCUUAAGGGGACGAGGCUUCGGUUCGGCGUUUGGGAGGAUUGGUUUUCUGCUGUCUAUUCGAAUUUAAGCUUUUCCACUGUUGCUGUCUAAUCUGCCUGGGCUUGGAUAGGUUUUCGACCUUGUGUUUGUACCUGUUUCCCCAUUUAGCUCUCCUUCCAUAAUCAUCAUGAUACCCACUACAG